GAUGCGUUCUGCAGACUCGAGGUCACUGACUGCACAUCUUCGUCAAGCCAAGGCAUGCGGGCAUCAGCGUAUGCUCUGCGGACUUCAACAUGGCGCUACGGGGACUGAGCAACAUUGGGGCAAGAUUACUCCGAGAUACACCGAGGAGAGGAAUACUUCAUAAGCCUCCUCAAACGGGAUGUUUGCAAUGUCAAGUGGAAGCAAAAAGACAUCUCUUGACUGACGACGUUGUGAAGCUGCAAGAUUUCCAGCAGAAGAAGUUGAUCGUGGCCCACCAGGUGUCUGGGGCGAAAGAUGACUACUUUGAGAAUGUGAACCAGAAGCUUCAGAAGAACGAGCUGAUUCUGAAGGAUGAACUGAAGCUGCUACUGCACCUCUGCCAGUCUGCACACGACAUGGCCACAGCCAAGAGCGCCAUCCACAGGUAUCAUGAGGAGAACAGAAACGUGGCGUUCGGGGAGUUUAAGUUUGGCCCCUUGUUCAUGAGGCUGUGCUACGAGCUUGGCUUGGAGGAUAUGGCAGAAGUUACAGUUACAGACAAAACACUGAAAGGAUUCUUCUCAGAUUCCACGUCGUUUAACAUCGCCAUAGACAUGCUCUUCAUGAAGGAAUGCUAUGACGGUGCCCUGAAGGUCGUUGCAGAGAUGAGGAACCAGGGGGUGCCCUUCAACAAGGACACCUACACCCUAGCAUGCGCCACCUGCUACAAGCUGAAUACUCCUCAGACUUAUAAGGUGUGCCUGAGCCUGCUGGAGCAGGGGCAGCUGAAGGGUCACAUGAUCCCAAGACACGCCUACUGCUUUGCUGCUACCCUUGCUGUCAAACAGGAUGACUUGGAGAAGGCACAGAAAUUUUACUCGCAGAUAUUGAAUGCGGAAAGCAAACUGUGUCUAAACAUAAACGUGUGGAUCCUGGCCAUGGUGGGGUCUAUAAAAGAUGCGGUGGCCGUCCUCAACAGAUGCAUCCUCCCGGACAGCCCUGCCUUCAUCAAGAGACUGGAGUUCAGUGAAGAAGUGUUGGGGGCGCUGGUGUCCCAGAGUGCGGAGGGUAUGUGGUUGCGGCAGGUGGAGCGUGCGGUGUCCCGUCUGCAGCGGGCGGGCCAGGUGACGCCCCAGACGCUGGACAGCAUGCUGUGCUACACGCCCAAGGGCAAGAGGAGGACGCCCGCCAUCUUGGAGGACAGGAGGAGCAGCCGCAGGACUCUCAGGCCCUUACGCUCCACACUGCUCUCCGAGUAGCAUGUGGACACACACACACACACACACAGCAGGCCACUUACGGUCCACACUGCUCUCUGGAUAGCAUGGACACGCACACGCACACACACACUCAGCAGGCCACUUACGGUCCACACUGCUCUCCGAGUAGCAUGGAGACACACACACAUACACACACACACACACACACACACAGCAGGCUCUUCCAUUCCACACUGCUCUCCGAGUACCAUGGACACACACACACACACACACAUACACACACACACACACACCGACACAGUGGGCCCUUACAAACCACACUGCUCUCCAUGUAACAUGGACACACACACACACACACACACACACACACACACACACACACACACACACACACACACACACACACACACACACACACACAAACACACAGCAGACCAUUAAGCUCCACACUGCUCUCGGAGUAGUAUGAUCAUACACACACACACACACACACACAAAAGUAGCUCUCUCCGUGAUCUCAAACUAUUGUACCAGUCACUACAUCACACACACACACAGACAUAAACACACACACACAGCUGUGUGUGCAUAGAAGAAGAGACUUAUACUCAGGAAGAAUGAUCAGCUAGAGACUUGAGCGCUUCCUAGUUUUCCUACCUUACUUCAUGCUGAAGCUGAUGUGAAAUAUAUCACAGCUGUAAUCCCAUCCUGACAGUGGAGGGAGUAAUUUGGCCAGUGGUCAAAGUUGUGCCGUGCCACUUCCGCCACCCCAGAGUAUCCUAUCUCCAGAUGGUUUCCACUGUGGUGCCUCCAACUCUCCUCCAUCCAGUGAUGGACAAUGUGGAUUCGGAAGCUACCUGUCCUGUAAAAUCCAGUGCCACAUAUUCUAAAUUAAUGGGUUUUUUUUGUACCUGCAGCCCGUGUCUUGGAAGCAUUGUCGCUAGCGACUUUAGCAAGUUACUUGGUUGCCAAUGGGAAAUUACACUGCAACCAGCUAAUUUGCUAAUGCAGUUAGCAACGACAUUGUCAAGAAGCGUAGUCCUGGGAGGUCAUUUGGAAAACGUGGUCAUAAUGGGCUGUAGCUUCUGAAUCCAGGAUGCACAUCACUGCCUCUAUGGAACUCAUGCUGUGUGCUGCUAGUGUGUGAAUGUUUUUGUACCAAAUGCCCCCAUAACCGUUCAAAAAUAGUAAUACCCUUCAGGCAAACUGAAGACAGUCACUCAGUCACUCAGUCCUAAUGGAGUGCUUUUCCAGAGGUGUGCGAGUUCGCUGGCAGACGACAGUCAUUAGCUGAAUCUACCUCACCUGUCAAUCAGACUGUCAAUCAAGAGUGUUAUGAGUUCUUUUCCUGCCUUGCAGCGUGCAUCUCUCUCUCUCUCUCUCUCUCUCUCUCUCUAUCUCUCUCUCUCUCUCUCUCUCUCGCUCUCGCUGUGGACAGGUAAAGAUGGCCAAUGAUUUUGAUUGUUUCAGCCUUUGGUAUUCAGUCAGAAUCAGGAUGCCAGGAUGAAAUAGUAAGUCAAGAGUGUAUGUUGUACGUAUAGUGUGGGUGCCUGUGUUUAAACCAAUACUCUGAGGAAGAAACGGCAUCACUGAUGGACACAAAUCUCCCAACAGCAAACAUGAACUUGUCAUCUCUUUAAUUAAAAAAAAAAAUCUCUUUAAUUUGUCUCGCCAAGGGGGCAGCACUUCUGAACGGUUGUGUAAUUAAGAACUUAUUACUAUUCUUAUGAAUAGAUGUAUAAAUGUAAAAUUAAAAGACUUCUGAAUGCUAAGGUAACCAAGUUCA